AUGCUAUAUUCAUUUGGCCAAAGAUCUAGGAGGAAAUUUAGAAAUGAUUUGCUGCUUUUCGCCAGUGGUGAUUUCAUAGCACGUUUAUCAUUCAUUGUUAUUUCAGAAAUUGUUGAAAACCUGACCAUAACAGAUAAUUCACCUAGCAUACCUGAGGUAAUUGAUAGACUCUUCAAGGACAUAGAAAAUAUCAACAGGGAGUCUAUGGCUGAAAUAGAGGAUGCUCAGAUUGAAGAAAUGGCAGUAAACCUGUGGAACUGGGCAGUUACCCGGAGAAUAGGUUUGUUUAUGAGUGAAGAGCAGACAGUUAAAUUAUAUCAUGUUGCUUGCAAGUUGGUGUGUAUGUGUGAAGUGUCAGUUGCUUCAGAACAAGCUCUUCGAAGAAAGAUUUUGAUGAAUAUGAGAACAGGAAAAGGGUGGGUGGAUGUUGGAAAUGCUUUGAUCGCUGAUGAAUUUUUUCAAGCUGCCAUGGCUGGUCUGGAGCAAUUAUAUGUCAAAUUAGUGCAGAGGAGCUACUCUGAGGACCACUUAAUCAUGCAGAAGACUGCUGUGGAGAAUGACCUCUUCAAAGUGCUUUCUUACCAAGCAGAAUCAGCAGUUGCUCAAGGGGAUUUUCAAAGAGCAUCUACAUGUGCAUUGCGUUGUAAAGAUAUGUUGAUGAGGCUUCCCAAAAUGACAGGAUAUCUUCAUGUUCUCUGUUACAACUUCGGAGUAGAAACCCACAAGCAUAAUAAAUAUCAAGAAAGUUCUUUCUGGCUUAGCCAAAGCUAUGAUAUUGGGAAGAUGGAUAUGAAUUCUGUUGGGCCAGAAAUGCUGGCUAAAGUUCUACGGUUACUAGCUACUGCCUAUUUGGAUUGGGAUGACAGAGAAUAUUAUGAAAAGGCCCUCAGCGCUAUAAUCCUAGCAAACAAGGCACAUUUAAAUCCAGCUGGGCUUUUCUUAAAGAUGAGAAUCCUCUUGAAAGGUGAAACACCUAAUGAAGAACUCCUUGAAGCUGUCAUGGAAAUACUACAUUUUGAUAUGCCUUUAAACUUCUGUCUGAAUAUUGUUAAACUGCUGAUGGAUCAUGAAAGGUUUGAUAGUCAUGCCACCUGUCUUCAUCUACCUCAGGGAUCCACAAACUUCUUAAAUGACAAGAUAGAAUAUGUUUUAGGUCACCAAACAGGAAGUCAGCUGACAACAGAAUUAGUAGGCUGGUUACAAAACAUUCUGUGGAACAAAGCUGCCAGAAGUUUUGAGGUCCAAAAUUAUGCUGAUGCCCUACAAUGGUACUAUUAUUCCCUGACGUUUUAUGGAUUCGUUCAGCUAGAUCUGGAUUUAGCCAAGCUGCAGAGGAACAUGGCUUCCUGUUACCUACAUUUGAAACAACUUGAUAAGGCCAAAGAGGCAGUGAUGGAAGCUGAAAGAUGGGAUCCUACAAAUGUUUUCACUCAAUUUUAUAUGUUCAAGAUUGCAGUCUUGGAAAGCAACUCUGACAGAGCUCUUCAGGCAAUCACUACUUUAGAGAGUUUAUUAACAGCUGAAAAGCCAGAAGAUAAUGAUCUACUUGAAGAUAGAGGUUCACAUACUAUGCUCCUAAAUUUAGCUGCCCAGUUUGCUCUAGAGAAUGGACAAGCCAUUCCAGCAGGAAAAGCCCUGGAAUAUUUAGCUCAACAUUCAGAAGACCCACAACAAGUUCUUACAGCUUUGAAAUGUCUGUUUCGUCUUGUUCUUCCACAAGUUAAUCAAACUCCGGGUUCUGAAAAUAAAAAGAAGGAAAUGGGUAGACUUUUGGCUUGCUUGAAUACAGCACUCCUGACACUAGCCCAGGCUUUUGAUGGAGAAUCCUCGACAUUGGAUUCCAGAGCUAAUGAAGCUCAUUGGUUUCGAAAAAUAGCUUGGAACUUGGCUGUGCAAUCUGACAAAGACCCAGUAACAAUGAGAGAGUUUUUCAUGCUUUCUUAUGAGCUGUCCCAGUUUUGUCCUUCUGAUCAAGUAAUUCUGAUUGCACAGAAAACAUGUUUACUUAUGGCAGCUGCAGUUGAUCUAGAGCAAGGAAGAAAAGCUGCAACAACUUUUGAACAGACCAAGUUACUGAAUCGUGCACUUGAGCAAACCCAGAAAUGCAAAGACAUCUGGAAUCUUCUGAAACAAACAG